CCGGUGGGUGACAGGACGUGGGCAGCUGAAAUAAAAAGAAUGAAGGGGCUGGAAGUGAGGAGGAGAGUGCAGAGCGCAUGGCUGCAUGGUGACUCGGACUGGGAGAUCCUUUGGCUCAAGGAGACGCGAGGUUUGGUUUAAUCAGAGAGUCGUUUGCCUCGUCCUUUUACCUCAACAUCUGGACAACAGGAGGGACUGUCUGGACAAGCACAGGAGCCCCAGUAGAGAAUGGAGUGGUGUGUACUGGUGCUGGUGUUGACUCUGCCGUCCCUGUCCCAGGCUGGCUGUUCAGAGCAGUGUAUCAGAUGUAUCCAGCAGAUCUCCACAGAUCAGAACUCUCCAGUCUCAGAGCUGAACUCUCCUCUCAGUCAGCUGACUUGUGCUCUGGAGUGUGAGGGAGCUCUGCAGGCGGAGGACGGGUGUGAGGAGGCUGUGCAGGCUCUCUCAGACGACCUGAAGGAGAGCAGGAAGGGGGAGGGGGAGGAGGAGGGCGAGGAAGAGGAGGAUGAGGAUGAUGACGCGGAGCUGAACCUGGUGAAGCGCUACGGGGGCUUCAUCAAGAGGCUGGAGAAGAACAAGAGCAAGCUGUGGCCGUGGCGGGAGAACAGCGUGCAGAAGGGGCUGCUGGAGAAACAGCGGGACUCCCUCCUGAAGCUGCUGCAGAGGAGCAGCGACAGCAAGAGCGCGGCGGGAGACUACGGGCGGCUGGAGAAGCGCUACGGAGGAUUCAGGAGAAAAUUCGGCCCCAAGAGGAGGAGCAGCCCGCUGGAGGAGAGCAGCCAGGAGCAGCAGGAGCUCCAGAAGAGAUACGGGGGCUUCAUGAGGAGAAUCCGCCCCAAGUUAAAGUGGGACAACCAGAAGAGAUACGGGGGCUUUUUAAGGCGCCACUUUAAAAUCUCGGUCAGAUCUGAGGAGGAGCCCUCAGUGGAGGAGCAGCUCGGGCUUCUAAAAUAAAGCGAACAGAAACUCAGUCUGCACCUCCUCACUCUCCCAACACAUCCAUACCGCCUGUACACAGCCCGUUUAACCCUUUACUGCACGGGGUCCCACACACAACACACGGACUUUUAAUCUGUCACCCGACUUCAAAAUAAAAGUCCUACCCCCCUGUAGGAAACUGCAGUGUGUGAUUAUGUACUAUAGCUAAUAAUUCUAUCUAGAGAUAUCUAUAGAAGAUAUCUAUAGAAAUUUUUAGGGAGGCACCAAAACAACCAUUUUUGGCCAAAACCAAAACCGAACAAACUGAAAUAUUUGCAUGAUUUUAUUACUUUUACCAAUUGUUUAAGUAACUUAAAUUACAAUUUAAAAAUACUUAUUGCACACUGAACAUUUCAGUCUAAAAUAUUUAUAAUUUAUAUAUUGCAUCCCAGAACUACAGAAAAUGUGCUAGUGUAAUUUGAUCACAACAAUUUGUGGCCAAAACCAAAACCGAACAAACUGCACACUUUUUUUUUUGCAGGUUUCAAUAACUUUUACCCUUUUUUACUAUUACAUAAAUCAGGUAACAUAGAUGUAAUACAAAUUACAAUUUAAAUAUAUUUACUUUACACUGAACAUGUCAGUAUGAAUUAUUUGGCUACUUUUAGCCAAAUAGUUUCAGCUGCUGAAAAUUUGUUUCAUCCAGAAAACACCCUAUUGUGUAAUUUAAUUACUUUACCCAAAUGAGCUUCUAAAAAACAAAGCUAAAAAAAAUUCUAACUAGUCAAACAGUUAAACAUCCACCAUAAGAAGAAACAUACAUAGCUUCCAUCCCAAAACACGAGUGAGCAUGUCCUGUUCCAGCAUAGAUAUAUUACAAAAUCUAAUUCCAUGUUUUUCAUGAUUUAGUUAUAUUUAUUAUAUUUUUUUGUAUUUAUUUAUUUAAUUUUGCUGAUGUAUAGUGUAUAGUGGUAUCGAAAUGUAUAUGUUUUAUUUACACAUAAUUAAUGAGAAUAAAAACAAUUAUGAGUGAUGUUACAAUUAUGUCAUUAACAAAACCACAGAAGCUGUUUGUUUUAUGUAAAAUGCUAAUACAGGGAGAACAAUAAAGAUGUUGCCUUAAGGCAACAGCAACCUGCAAUGCCAACAGCAGAAGCUGCCACACGUCACAUGAUAUGACUUUUUUUUAAAGGAAUUUUAUGAUUAAUGUAAUUGUGAUUAAUUAAUGUAAUUGUAACACAAUUCUGAUUGUGUGACCAUAUCACAUAUGGCAACACAAUGCAAAUUACUCCUCAAAAUUACAUUUUACAACAUAUUGUUAAUAUUUUUUCUAAUUACUUUAACUUUUAGGGGUUUUUUUUAUAUAUGAUACAGGUAUAACUCAUGCAGUAAAGGGUUAAGAGUCCUCGCUGGGAACAGUGAGCUAUAGCUCACCCCCUCAUCUCCCCUGUACAGUCCUGUUGUUGUCAGCUGGAAGUGCCACUAGGCUUCAUGCUGCAGUCUUGUUUAAACCUCACUAAUAAAGGGCAAGAGCUUUGUUUGCCAAAACUUGCAACGGAACUAUGUUUUUGUGUCGCUUACAUUUAAUAACAGAGUAUUUUUAAACGAAUGAAAUAUCACUGUUAAGGAGAAAAGCACUUCAGUGUGAGAAGAAAUCAGCAACAGUUCGCAGUUUCUGUGUUUUUCAUUUCGGUCCAACAGCGCCACCCCGAGUUCGAGGAGAGAACAGCCACAGAGAGACGUGUUGAACUGUAUUACUCAUCAAUACUGUAAAAUGUGUUUAUUUCAGACUAAUCAUACAUAACGUUUUCUGUGCGUUAUAUUUGUAGUGAUAGAAAACUGUAAGAUGUGUCUAUUAAUAAACUUUUUAAAUAAAAAUGAACCAUUCUCAUACAAAUAAAUGCAAGAUAUAAAAAAGUUUUUUUUUUUUUUCCAGUUUGUGAAUAUGCUCAUAGAAUAGUCACAUAGAGUUUUGACAACUAAAUAAAUAACUAUCUAUACAGCCCUGGAAAAAAAAAAGUUUCUCUGAAGUUUC